AUGCCCCCACAUCGAAAUUACCAGCAGUCAAAAGAGUUGUCCACUAAGCAACCUUGCAAGCACUGCACUGAAAUUGCUAAGGAAGCAGUUGCAGCUAUGUCUGUGUUGUUAGUGCACCCUGGCAUCACUGGGUCUUUGGGCUCUGCAGCAGCUGUAAUACCAGUGCCACUCAGGCAGCUGUCAGUGGGCCCUUCACAAUCAAUUCCUGGAUCACCAACUGGCUUUGCUCUCAAUGAAGAUGAUGUGUUGAUGGGUAUGAUGAGUCCUCAUGGUAGGAAUAUACCAGACUCAGCCCAAGUGGCAGGUCACUCAGUGAACUCUGCUGUGCCAGAUGUCCAAAAUGACCAUCGCCCUGAAUUCAAGACUGAAUUUCAUCCCUGUAGCAAGUACCCAAUGCUUUUCCAAUCUGCCAAAGAGUUUGGCCAGCAAAACCUCAAAUACAUGGCCCCAGACUGUGAGCCCUGGUGCCCUUUUGCUUCAGAGGGUGAUUACAUUUUUGCUACUGUUGCUGUUGAAGCUGGGCUUAGCUCAACUCAGCAAGGAACAGCAAGUGUCACACUGCAUAAUGAUGCUGGGCUUUGCACCACUUUGGAUAGAGUGGUGGCACAACUAACACCAUCAUGGUUACCCACACAUGUGGAGAAUGCUGUUCCAUUUGCAUUUAUUCUUUACACUGACAAGACAUGGCUGUCAUCUCAUGGUACUGUCAAGGGUUACCCCAUGGUAGCACAUUGUACCAACCUCCCAGUUCACAUUUGCAAUGGUGAACAAUAUGGUGGUGGCUGCAUGGUAGGCUGGCUUCCAAUUGUUCCUGAGCUUGUGAGUGAGGAGAGAAAGACCAGCUAUGUAAAUUUCAAGUGUGUUGUCUGGCACAAAGCCUUCUAUAAGCUCCUUGAGAAGGUUGCAGAGCUCUCAAAGGUUGGCUACCUGCAUGAAUGCUAUGACAACAUUCACUGGUGGCUCUUUCCAGUUAUUCUUAUCUUGUCAGCUGACUAUGAAGAACUCUGUGUGAUGAUGCUUAUACAAGGCACAAAAUGCAAAUUCCCAUGCCCAUUUUGCCUAGUCCCUUUUGAGGAGCUUUGGGACUUAUCAAAGACAUACAAAAUGUGCACUACCAAGCAACAUCAAGAAGUGCUGGUAUUGUAUGAGCAGAAGAAGUCAGCUGGCAAGAAGAAACUGAAAUCUCUUGGGUUACAUCCUGUCAAGAAUGCUUUUUGGUUGGUAGAACACUCAGAGCCUGAACAGGCUGCAAGCUUCAAGCCACUUCACUCCCUGCAUGGCAGCUUGGGAGGCAAUCACAUGCAUGAGGAGCUCAAGAUUGUUGUCAAUGAACUUGGCUGUGAUUUUGAGACAUGUUUAGAAGAAUGUUACCUACAGCUUGAAACUCUCAUUGGGCUUGAUGUACACACUGAGGCAACCCUUGGAAUGAUUGAACAUGAACUUCUUGUUUUCAGGGGUGAACUCAAGGACAAUUGGAACUUUCCCAAGGCACACCUCUGGAAGCAUGUUACCCAUGACAUUUGGAGCAAAGGUGCCAUUUGUAAUUACAGUGCUCAGCCAAAUGAGAAGAUGCAUGGAAACAAAUGUAUUACUCAUUUCACUGAUGACAGCAACAGAAAUGAUGAUGAGGACAAUGACAAGCCAUUUGAAGGAAACACCAGGCUCAGUGCACCCCAGCAACCUAGCUCACUUUCUGACAUUGAGAACACUCACUGGGAUGAUUGGGCAUUUGAGGGAUUCUGUUGGAGGCUGGAAAUUUUCCUCAAUGCUUGCCUCUCCACUUAUGGGUACCCCCUCAAUGCAUGGAUACAAUUACAAGGAACAGAUACAGUCUGGGAGUAUCAGUAUUUGCAGAGAUGGACUCAGACUUGGUGCCAAGCACCAGUAGCAGCCAAACAGGAUUCAAGUUCUGACUCUGACCAGAUGUCAGCCAAAACUCAAGGCAAUACUUUGGGGUCAGAACAAUCAGACCCAGAUGUUGGAGGGCCAGUGUCAGAAUGA